AUGGAGGUCGACGCAGAAACCUUUCCAUACCACUUGCUGGGCAUGUUCAUCCAUAUAUCAGAGGCCGACUUCGUGUCUUUCGAUCUGGAGCUGUCGGGUAUCCCUUCGCGGAUCCAAGACAAACCUGCACAUGGCCCGGGACGCUUCACCAUGGAGGAGCGCUAUGCCGAGACCAAGAUGGGCGCCGAUCGCUAUCAGAUCCUACAGGUAGGCAUCACAUGCGCCAGGUUCGACUAUGUUGCGAACAAGUAUGUCUUGAGGCCAUACAAUAUCAACAUUAGCCCGCUUUUCGACGAGCGUAUGGACUUCGAACGCGAGAUACGGUUUCAGAGCGGCGCGUGUACUUUUCUUCUCAACUGCGGCUUCGACAUGGGCGCACCAUUCGCCAAGGGCGUACAGUACCUAUCACGACAAGAGGCGGAGCGGGCGAAACAGAUGGCCUGGGAUCGAUUGGAGAACAAGAACCCGAUACCGGACUUGCAGCUCAAGGAGGGGGAUGUUGAGUCUCUUGAUUUCAUGCGUCGGGUGAGGGAAGCCAUAAAAAAAUGGAAAACUAGCACCUCGUCCUCUUUGGAGGUCACAACUCACACCGGACUUCCCAGCCAGCCAGUGAUACCGGUAAUAACACGGUUUGAGAAGCGUCUUGUGCACCAGCUCGUUCGCGCCGAGUUCCCAGAGCUAGUCUCGAUAGGUCGCAACGAAUGUGUUCGUAUCGUUGAUUUAGACCCUGUACGCGAGGCCGACAAUAUGCGCAGAAUCAAGAACCGCGUCAAAGAAUCCAUUGUACGACAGACUGGUUUCCGCUGGAUCUUCGAAGCUCUAGUCAAGGGUGGCGACAUCAAUCGCGCAGAUCCACUCUAUGUUGCUCGGACUACUGGCAUGGCCGCCACGGCUGACGUGCAUGAUAUACGAGACCGUUAUGAUAGAGCCAUAGAGAGACUGAAGACCAAGCAGCCGGUGCUCGUUGGCCACAACAUGUUCACUGAUAUUGUGUACUUUUACCGCACGUUUGUGGGCGAGCUACCUGAUACGCUACAAGACUUCCAGGAUGCCAUCCACGAGUUGUUCCCCAAGAUCAUCGACACCAAAUACCUUGCUACCUAUGCUGGAGGCGAUCUCAACGCUUCUCCCUCAUUACAAGAUAUCGCUGAGAGUCUAAACAGACAGCCGUUGCCCGAAAUCAUCACUCAUGCCGACCACCCGAAAUAUCAAGAGACUGAGAAAUUCCAUGAAGCAGGCUACGACAGUCUCCUAACUGCCACUAUUAUGAUCAAGCUAGCCGCCAAGCUUGGUGCAGAACGAGGAGAAAAGGUCCCAGCACCGUUGGCCGGCCGUCCUCUUACUCUGAACAAAGCAAACGGCGUAUUGCAGAGCGAAGACGUUCCGGACUUUGUCAAAGAUGGACGCGAGAAGGUUGAGGAACCGGUUCCCUUACCUCCAGUGGAACAGCCCAAAUCCAGGAAGACGAAGGGACAAAAGGCGAAAGCCAAGAAGAAGGAAGCGAAGGAGCGCCGAUUUGAGACUAAGAACAUAUUCGACACGCUUAAGACACUGGACCCGGAGACCGAAAUGUCAUCCACGGAAGAAGAUGAAGAUGCCAAGCUUCCCGAAAAUGGCAUAUCUGCGAAAUGGGACGAACAGACCCAAGAAGUCGUCGGGUCAUGGGAGGAUGACGUCUAUGUUCAGGAUGAGACGAGAUGGGUACCCUUGGAGCAGAUGAAGCGACAGUCGAUGGAGCUGAUCCCGGCUUUUGAUUCGAAGUUCUGGGACGAAUUCGGCAACACACUACGAGUGUUUGGCACGGAAGAAGCUGUUCUGAAGAUCGCGGACUGGGAGACUUGA